ACAGUAAACAAAGAGCUGAAAGAGCAGUUCUCAUGGCUGAUCUGACCGGAAGCCGCGUCGUCGUCGACUGCAACAACAGCUGCGGCUGCCCUCGUCCUUCCCCUGGCUCCGCCGCGUGCAGGUAUGCGGCGGCAGGAGGGGAGGACCAGCAGAAGUGCUUGUCCGGGAACAACUGCGGCUUCAAACCCUGCGCUUGCGGGCCGCCGGUGGCUGCCGCCGAGAACGAGCGGUUCUACUGCCGGUGCGGGCCGACAUGCACGUGCAGCACCACUUGUGGUGCUUGAAGAAGCGAUGUUUGAAGUAUGAUGAGGAUCGAUGAUGCGUUUGCUUUGGCAAAAAUAAC